AUGAGGAUGAGAGGACUGGGGUGGCCGAGCUGGGGACAGGAUGGGCCACACAGACCCAGCCUCCAUGCAGCUGGGCCGGGAGCACAGGCUUCGGACCCCGAGCAACACCCUGAACCACCUCAGGAGCCCACCCCAGCUCUGACUGUGGGGCCUUCUGAAGCUUCUGGGCCUGAUCUGUUCAAGCCGGGAAUGGCUGCUAGAGCUGAGUGUAUUGCCCGAGUCAAGAUGCAAGCUGCUGAGUCAAAGCCAAUGCACGUGGUGGUCAAACCUUUGACUCAGUGUCCCGACUUGGAGGAGCCACCUGCACCCUUGGCUGACCUGGAUGAGGAGCAGGCCCCAGAGCCUGCAAUCAAGCUCCUGGAAGUGCCGGAGCAGCCACCUGUCUCAGUGGAGCAAGUAGCCUCCGCCCCAGAGCAAUAUCCUGAACCACCUCAAGAGCCCGGCGCAGCUCCUACCUCAGGGCCUGCUGAAGCAUCAGAGCCAGAGGUGAUCGAGCCGGUCUUGGCUGCUGGAGUGGAGUGCUUGCGAGGAGGCGAGAUGGCACCUGCUGAUUCGAAGCCACUGCAGGUGUUGGUCACACCUCUGAUUCACUGUCUGACCCGGAGGAGCCACCUGCACCCUUGGCCCCUCCAAAAGGUGGAGCAGGCCUCAGUGCCCCCUCUUGAGUUCGUCGAAGGGCCGGAUCAGCCACCGGCCUCAGUGGAGCCACCAGCCUCGUCCCCCGAGCAACAGCUCGUGAUGGCUGCAGCACAACUGAAACCUUCCCCUCCCCUCUCGUGUGCUGUUUCUGUAUUUUGUGUUUUUCAUAAGCCUCUAUAAUUGCGUCAUGAGUUUUGUUUGUAAUA